AUGCCUGUCUCCAAGAAGGAUCCCACGAGCUCGCUCAACGGUCCACUAUUCCAAAAAGCUCUCGUCCAAUACACCGCUGAUCGGGCGCUGCAGGUAGAGGACGUGCAUCUGGCCGUUCAUGGUAACGUAGCUCAACAGUACGCCAGUACGAUCUAUCGGGCCAGCGUGAGCUACUGCAGCCGUGGAAAGCAGGAAACGAUCAAACUGAUCGUUAAAUUGAUCGCCUCGAAAGUGAACAGUCUAGCCGAUGAGCUGACGUACGAUACCGAACUAAAAGUGUACCGUGACUAUCUGACGAAGAUGAACGCGCUGCUUGACGAAAGUGUGACGUCACAUUUCGCUCCAAAACUCAUUUAUUCAGCGACUGAGCCUGUGCCGUAUCUGAUACUGGAGGACUUAUCGAGCCGUGAACUGGAGCAUAGCAACAGACUGCUUGCCGUGGACGACGCAAAAAUAGUACUGGCCAAACUGGCCCGAUUCCAUGCUACAUCGUACAGCUUAAGUAACACGAGUGCAGCCAGCUCUUUGGAUGCUCUGAACAACGGGCUGUUUAAGCAGAAACCCUCAGAAGGUGUCAACUUCAUGCUGGAAAACUUUGCCCUCUUUACGGAGGAACUUUCGAAAUGGGACGGCUACACUAAGUACGCGCAGCGAUUGAAACAUCUUCAACCGACGUUCAUUGAGCGAGGUGCUGCGAUAUACAGGGCCCGUGGAUUCGGAAACAGCGUGCUCAAUCACGGAGAUUUCCAUUACAACAACAUGCUGUUCCAGUUCGAUCCAGAUCAGCGUGUGCAGGAUGUAGCUUUCUACGACUUUCAGCUUAGCUGCUGGACAACGCCGGCUGUGGAUCUGUUGUACUUUCUGUACUUCAUCUGCAACCGUGAGACGCGUGACACACAACGCCAUCAGCUGAUUCAGCUGUACCAUCAGGAAUUCACGCGCACUUUAGACACUGUUGGAUAUAUGGGGAAGGUCCCUACCCUGCUCGACGUUAACUGUGAUCUACAGCGUGCGGGAUUUCUGGAGAUCGUGCUAGCGAUCUGCUUCAUACCGUUCCUGUUCGCAGACUACAACCAAUCCAUCAGUGUGUACGGCAACGAGGAAGAUGCCCGUGCCUAUCGUCGUCAGCUGUACAAUCGGGAAGAGUAUCGAGAAAUCAUCGAGCCGCUUCUGCCAUACUUUUUUUUUGCACCGACUGUCAAGCGUAACGGUUUAACGGCCAAGCACUUCGCACCCUGCGUGGACAAAUUUGAAUCGGGUCCCCGACGAAACUAUCUGUUACCGUUUAAACGUGUGCGUGUUUACAGUUCCUCUUGGCAAAGAAGCAUCGGCAGAAUGGCGUUCAACAAGGACGAAAUGCUGGCACCGAGCUGGAUGAAUCGGAGCUUCUUCGAGAAGGUGUUGCGUCACUCUGAGCGGGACAGUACACUCGCGGUGGACGAUUUCCGCAUCCUGCCCGGCACCAAACCGGGCGAUCACUUUGCGAGCGUGAUCUUUCGGGCGAUCGUGCGCCACAGCCGAUUGGCCGAUGAGGUGUCACUGAUCGUGAAGACGCUCCCGGCGGAGGACGGGCUGAAAAAGGACAUCCUCAAGGAUGGGUACGUGUUCGAGACGGAAACGCUCAUGUACAACACGAUUGUUCCGGCGAUGCAUCAGCUGUUGCAGUCCGUCGGUGAUCAUACCGUACUUGGAGCGAGGCUUUUGUAUCACGAAAACGAACCCAUCUGGGUGAUGGUUUUCGAAGACAUCACCAAACACGGCUACGAAAUGAAGAUUAAGCAGCUGGAUUUGGAGGAGUCGAAAGUCGUUUUCGCCAAGCUGGCCCGAUGGCAUGCUGCUUCGAUGCUACUUAUUGAUACGCACCCGGAAAUGAAAACUCUCAACAAAGGCGUCUACACGCUGUUCGAGGAAAAUCAUCAAUUUUUGCAAAUGUGGCAAAGCAAUAUUGCGCUGCUGUCUACGAUUGUAACAGAACUGCCCGGGCUCGAGCAGUACUCCGAAAGAAUAGCGAACGUGAAGGAGAAAAUAUUUAAGCGUGCGACCGCCAUCUACAGCUACGACCCAACGUCGUACGUCCACGUGCUCAACCAUGGCGAUUGUCACUUUAAAAACAUGAUGUUCAAACGUACCGAGGAUGGCAAGCUCGACGAUAUUAUGCUGCUCGAUUUCCAACUCAGCGUUUGGGGAACGCCCGCGAUCGAUCUUAUCUACGCCAUGUACAAUUCCGUUUCGAUCGAUACCCGCGAGCAGUACCGCGAUGAAUUGAUUUCGUUCUAUCACGAGGAACUGAUCGCAUGCCUGACAAAAUUAGGAUACCUUCGCAAAUUUCCCACACUGCUGGAGAUCAAUUUGGAAAUGUUAAAGUGUGGACAUUUGGAGUUCCUGCUAGCGGCUACCUUCGUGCCAUUUAUGUGCGUAGAUAUAAACGAGAUAAUGGAAAUGCCAAAGGAAGGUGAAGGGUUCGAAAUGGAUUUUGCUGACAUUGACAAAAUGAUGCAGGAUUUCCGGCAAUGCUUCCUGACCCCCGUCUAUGUUGCAUACAUCACGAAAAAUUUACCGAAGUUCGCAAACAAAGGUAUGAUAGAUCUGGAAUGAUUACAACGGCGAAUCGUCCACAUCUUUCGUGUCGUUUCCUCUGCAUUAUUCGACGACCGCGACACCAUUUCCUCUGUUGGGAAGAGAAUUUUUUAAAAGAUGCACAUUAAUGUAAGUGUUAUGUAUUUCACUCACCGCAAGAUAGAAGGGAUGUUGUUUCCAUUGUUGAAGAAAUUUUGGACCUCUCAGACAGAAGGGAUGGAUACCAUGCGUG